GAUGUGCAAAUGCAAUUCUUAGAGAUAUUUAUGAUCAAUUAGUCUCAAUAUGGGAAGUACGACAUAUAAAAUAUGAGUCUCCACCUAAUUAUAUAUUUCUUUUGGCAAAUGUAAAAUUUCAUAUUAAUAUGAUUAAUCGACAUUGGUUUAAUGAUAAAGUAUAUGGCAAUGAUCUAAUUAUUGGAUUAUCUAAACAGGAACAAGAAUUGGCUCAACGGCAAUUAAAAGCUAAACAAAGAUUUGCAAAA